CCCCGCCCACCAGGAAAUCACAGGUUAACCGUUAGUGCAAUGCGGAAUAAAAAUGUCCUUCCAAACCUGGCGAGAGCAACCAAAAUGAGCAACGCUGUGAAGUGGAAUCUGGACGAGCGCUCGCACACGUUGGAUGACUCCUGCUGAUCUCCAGUCAGUGUCAAAGUCAGAACUGAGUUCUUGCUGCAGCUGUUUCCAUACGGGUUUGGAGGGUCUCGCCUGUGGAAGCGUCCGUAGGUGAGAGGGGCGGAGCUGAGAUGUCAAUCAGAAGAGCAGAGGGCAUGUCCAUCAUGCAAGCCUUAGCCAUGACAGUGGCUGAGAUACCAGUGUUCCUGUAUUCCACCUUUGGACAGUCUAUAUUCUCUCAGCUGAAGCUAAGCCCCAAUCUGAAGAAGAUUCUGUUCGCCACAGCGCUGGGCAGCGUCGCUCUGGCUCUGACCGCUCAUCAGUUAAAGAGGCGGGGCAGGAAGAGGAAACAGGUGGUCGAUAAAGAAGCCCAGAAACCUGUGGGCAUUCCAGAACAACUUCUCCGAAGCCACAGACCGUCUUCGCUUAAGAGAGGUCCGGUUCCAGCGCGGCAGAUGAUGAGUCCCAGCACUCGCAGUAAUGACACGCUCAGCGGCAUCUCGUCGCUCGGUCCCAGCAAACACUCCAGCUCCUCACACAGCAUCGCCUCGAUGCGAGUCCCUUCCUCUCCCAACCAAUCGGUGAAUGCUGGGAUGCCGUUGGAGGCGGAGCCGGAAGCAGAAGAGGUGGGCAUUGGAGAAGAUGCUAAUGCUGAGAACCUCUAUCUCAUGGGUAUGGAGCUGUUUGAAGAAGCCUUGCGUAAGUGGGAACAGGCGCUAAACAUCCGACACGGAACUCAUUCGGGUUAUUCCACCGCUGACAAUCUCGUCCCAGAGGGGUCUGAACUCGUGGAGCGUCAUACGCCUGAACUUUGUAAUCAUCAGUUUGCGGUGAAGCUGGAGUCUUUACUCCACCGAGCGUACCACCUGCAGGAGGAUUUCGGCAGCACCAUCCCACCCGACAGCCUGCUGGCUGACUUGGAAAGUGAAGGAACCCUGAUUCUGCCCACGCUCGGAAGUUCUCAUCCAAUUCAAGACGAUGACUCUACGACAGUCACAUCAGACGACUCGUUUUUCUCCGCAGCUGAGUUGUUUGAGGCGUUCUCUCUGGAGGACACGUUUCAUCUCUUAAAGCCUGCAGCUCUCUAUGAAGAAGCUAUGAGUUUAGUUAAAGAUGGAGGCGUGGCCUGCAGAACAAUGAGGACAGAGCUUCUGGGGUGUUUCAGCGAUCAAGACUUCCUCGCCAAGCUGCACUGUGUUCGACAGGCCUUCCAGGUGCUGCUGUUGGAUGAAACACACAGAAUGUUCUUCAUGGAAGCAGGGAAGCAGAUGAUCUCUGGACUCAUGGUCAAAGCCAACAAGAGUCCGAAGGAGUUUCUGGAGAGUUAUGAAGACAUGUUACGUUACACACAGAGAGAAGAGACGUGGCCUGUCACAAAGAUGGAGCUAGAAGGAAGAGGGGUGGUCUGUAUGAACUUCUUCGACAUUGUUCUGGAUUUUAUCCUGAUGGAUGCAUUUGAGGAUCUCGAGAGUCCUCCGACAUCUGUGGUCGCUGUACUGCGGAACCGAUGGCUGUCAGACAGUUUUAAAGAGACGGCUCUGGCUACAGCCUGCUGGUCUGUGUUGAAAGCUAAGAGGAGACUGUUAAUGGUUCCAGAUGGUUUUAUCGCUCAUUUCUAUGCGAUCUCUGAACAUGUCAGUCCAGUUUUGGCUUUUGGUUUUCUGGGCCCCAGACAGCACCUGAGUGAGGUCUGCACUACAUUCAAGCAACAAAUUUUUCAGUAUCUGAAGGACAUGUUUGACCACGAUAAGGUGCGCUUUUCAUCGGUUUCAUCUCUGGCUGAAGACAUCCUCAGUUUGUCCCACAGACGGGCGGACAUCCUGGUGGGUUACCUGGGCAUUGACUCUUUACCUGAGACCAAUGGAGCAGUACCCAAGAGCCCUUGCCAAGACAACAGCGAGCAUCCAGAAGUCAGCGAAGAGCACAUAUGAAGGUUGUGGAUCUCAUCGAACAAGUUACCUCUGACCAAUCAGUGUGACUAUAUUAGAGUAAAGAUGUUACUGCUACUGCGUUUUAUCAGAUAUUUAGAGAUAUAAACAACCAUUGACUCUUCAGAGCUCAUCGGGGGCCUUCCUCAGAUUCACUUUUGUUAUUUUUCAUUUGCCAUCGUAUUUAUUGCGCUGCUGAUUAGGAACCUCACAUUUUAGAACCAGCACAGAUGCUUUUGGGAACUGCCGCAGAACCCGUCAAUGGCGUCUGAAGGAAUCAACGGCAAAAGCAACAAGGCGAACUUGCUAACCGCUUCGUCCCAAAUCUCGCAUACAUCAACAGAUACCUAUUGUGUCAAAAUACUAGAUAUUGUGUAUUUCACAGGUCUGUUUCCAGUUUGUGUGCUGUUGUGUUCAUGGCCAAAUAAAGUCUUGCACUGAAUUAUGGGUAGUACUGAACACAAUAUCUAAGAAGAGCAGUUGGAGAUUUUUUGCGUAUGUUAGUGUAGAUUUGUUAGCAGGGAUGAGGUUUGCAAUGGGUGACAAUAUAUGUCAAGAACAUGUCCGGCUCAUAUUUUACCCCAAAACCAAAAACAAAUAAAAAUAGCACCCGAUCAUCUUUAUUUCUUUUGAUUUGGGGGUAAAUUUGGGACCUGAUCUUAUAGAGGAUGUACAGGUUGUGUCAUCAUUUAUUCACCUUCAUGUGGUUGUAAACCUGUCUGACUCUUUCUUUAGAGGAACACAAAAGAAGAUAUUUUGAGAAAUGUCUCAUACAAUGGAAGUCAGCGAGGUUCAGUGUUGUUUGGUUACCAACAUUCUUCAAAAUAUCUUAGUUUGUGUUCUGCAGAAGAAAGAAAGUCAAGAAACAUUUGGAAUGACGUGAGGAUGAGUAAAUGAUGAAAGAUCAUUUUUGGGUGAAAUGCCUCUUUAAGAGGAUGUAGAAGAAACAGACAGGAAGUGCAUCAUAUCGGAGGAUGACAGGAUGUAGUGAUCCAAGUCACAUUGGUUGCUAACGGCAACAAACAUCCGCCGAGAGCUGAUGAAGGCUCUGCGGUUUGUGCGGUUGAUAUUAAGCGACACCAUUGUGUUUCGCUCUGAGUGUGUAAACGUUUGUCCACUUAGGCACAUUAUUCUUUGGUGAAACUUUAUUUAUAUACCGAGUCUUGUUAUUCAAUAUACAAGCCUCAGAAGAGCUAAAAUCAAUCGUUAUCUACUAGAAAUAUUCUCAAUCAUAGAUAUGAUCUGUUUUAAUUCAAACAUCUGUGCUGUUGGGUCAAACAGGCUUCAUUUGUAGAAUCAUCACUGUAGGGUGAAAUUGUUCGUUUUGACAUAAGUGAAGCUUCUAGACGCUGUUGAUACCUGAAUAAAAUAAUUUAAACAAAAAAAAACACAUUGACAUUAAUGUACAAAUGAAGUCUGUAGAGCAACAAAGCUUAUUUAGCCCUUCUGUUUUCUUAACGUCUUUUGUUUAUUUUCACAAACUAGGUUAGUUGUUUUCUGUGGUGGUCCGCUGCUUUACUUGAAUUCAACCUUUAACAUUAAUAUCUGUGUUUUAAAGCAAACACCAGACAUUUGUUAGUGUCCACGUGGAUCACACAGUUAUUCGCCGUAUCAGAAACAUCACCUGCGAUUGAAGCGUUACGUAUAGCUUUCACUAGAAUGUUAGGAAUUAACGUCCGUGUUGUGGAUUUUUAUUUUCAACUGUAUUUGCAUGAAUUGUAUGCAACAAACCUACAAUAGCAAAACCCAUUGACCUUAAAGAAGCUUGACCAUGUUCCUCAACUGUGCGUGAAAGGUAUAUGAGAAGAUGAACUGUCAGUGUUUCCUUCCCUCUUGUGUUUUAAUUUAAAGUCACUCGGUGGCCAUUGUCUGUGUUGGCAGACUUGCACUUUAUUUGUUUGAAAGUCUUGCACUUUAUUUGCUGUAAAUGUAUUGAAUACAGCUGCUAGCUGGCCUGUAUCCAGUGCGUUUGUGCUUCUGUUUUUUUCUGUUUUGUUACAAAAUUUAAUUGUUUUCAUGUGUUGAAUGGACAGAUUAUAUAUUUAAAAAUGUCAAGAUGCAAAAGCAAGUGGUUUGGUUUUAUUAGUUUGAAAAGUUAAAGACGUUGGCAGAAGGAUGUCAUAUAAUUUUUUAACAUUAAAUGGGAUGAAAUCAGAUUUAUGAGAGAGUCACUGAAUGUGUGAUACAGAUGUAUGUUAUUUUCCUGCAUUAGAUUCACUUUAAUACACACACUAUUAGAUCUGUGCUUCAUUUUUAUUAACCUUGCCAAUUACAACGUUCUUUCACUGAUUAUUGUUAUGUUUAUAAAACCAGAAGAUUGACUUUACUUUGCUGUGUUAUGAUGUGAAUUGAAGUUGGAUGUAGAUUGAUUCUAAAUCAUUCCCGUGUGUGUCAGUGAUCAAACUAAAAGUCCCAUUUUUAUCUGUUAUCCACUGAGUCAAUUAAUAUUUGUCAAUUCUUUCAGUCCUUGUAUACAUCGUAAAUUAACGGUAACAUUUGUGUUAAUGUGACAGACGCAAGUGUCAGCUUGUUUGCGAUGACAAAUCUUGAUUUUGACAUUGUUUAAAAUGUUUCUGAUGUAUCGAAUCUGUUGUACAUUGAUGGUCAAAGACAAUGAACCAGUAGGAAUAUACAAGGAACUCUUUCUUCUGAA